CGCACUAGCACAUUUGAAACAGGGUACCUAGAGACAAUUUUGUCCGCCAUAUUUUAUUGAACGUAUAAAUGGCAAAUAUAGAUAUGUGACACUGUAAGAGUAAAGGAUAUUGCUUGAUUUAAUGUAUUACACCGGGUGGGGACCGAUGGAUUCCUGCACUGAAAGAGGUACUGGAGACGUGGAAGUGAAGGACUGUUCUAUCAGUGUGCAAAGACGGUAGAAACAACAGACAUGUCUGAUCUUGAGGACCCUCUCUACAAGAACUGGGUGAGAUCGGCACUCAGUUUGAAGUACCUAAAACAUGGCAUCCAUAGUUUUGUUGACCGAAUAGCAAAACAACACCACAAGGAUCUUCUCUUCGGUUACAGAAAAGACACCGGAUGUGCUGCCAAAAGUUGCUGCGAAUGUACUUCGGAAAAUCUAUUACCAGACCAUCCAAGAAAUGGGUGUAUACAAAAAUUCCGGUCAAAGUGUUUUUGCAACAAUACAGGUGGUCGAAGAAAAUGUCCUAACCACUUCUGCAGCAGGUUCUAUGAUCUUAUAGUUCGUGCUCACGACGAAAGAAACCCCAUCUGGGCAAACACAGAUCCAGCAAGAUGGUUCGGAGAUCACUGGGCAACAUCUCAAUGUUUUCUUGGUACUACCGGCUAUUCCGAUAAACAUACAGCUGUCGAAACGGACGCCUCGGGACUUCUUUCCAUUAUUCUGAAUAAUAUUGAGCUCCGAAGCCAUCUUGAUUGUCCGGAUAAUGUGUCAAAGGCACGAGAUAUUCGAAAUGAAAUUAUGCACUCUACGUCCUUCGAAGUUGACGAUGAAAAGUUAUGUUGGUAUGUAGAUCAGAUGAUACUUGUUCUUCAAGAUAAAAAAGAACUGAUAAAUGAAGAAGCUGCCAAAAAUGCCGUUGUUAAUCUGACAAAGCUUAAAAGAAACCAGAUAUAUAUCAGCGAAGAAGAUGUAUCCGAAAUGCGGAGAGGGGCAUUGAGUGCUGCCCAGGAUGGAAUAAAACAUAUUGAGAAGAAAACAGAUGAAGUUAUGCACCGCAUUGAAGUGAAAAGGAAACAGGUUCAUGAAGACAUUGAUGCACACUUUGCCAAAAAAAUGCGUGAACAAGAUAAACAAAUGGAUGACAAGAAUAUACAAACAGUAGAUGAAAGUGAUGUGGAUAAUGAAGCUGUUGAACUGACUGCAGAAGAAAAAGGUAAACGUGUUGAACAAAUAUAAGUAAUUUUUCAUAUACUCGUUCAUGAGAAUGUCUAGUAUAUUUUCAUAACGCGCAUGACAGUGAGGAUAUUACCCAGCCAACAUUCUAUAUCGGCCCGAUAUCAAACCGACGUCGUUGUCUAUAACGGCCCGAUACCGGCUUCAUUUUCGGCUGCAAACAGGAAUGAUGUCGGCCCGACGUCGACAGACAAUAUCGGGCCAACAUCAUAAUGACAUCGGUCCGACAUUGACAAACGAUAUUUGGCCAACAUCAAAAUGAUAUCGACCCGAUAUUGGCAGAUCAUAUCGUUGU